AUGUCUGCACCUCGCCUUAUUGCAGUAGUCGGUGCCACCGGAGCGCAGGGUAUCCCGGUCGUACGAGACCUCGUCCAAUCCGGGUCCUACAGAGUUCGGGCGCUUACACGGGAUGCCUCUAGCGCCCGGUUCCGGGAAUUGCAAUCCUUCGGGCCCGUGGAGCCCGUCGUCGGCACCUUCGCUUCGGAGGCGGACCUGCGCGCCACCUUCCGCGGCGCCUGGGGCGCGUUCGUUAACAUCGACGGCUUCAACUCUGGCGAGAAGGCCGAGAUCUUCUGGACCAUCCGCGCGUACGAGCUAGCGAUCGAGGAGGGCGUGAAGUUUUUCGUACUAGGGAAUCUUGAUUAUAUCUACAAGAAGAGCGGUUACAGGCCUGAAUUUCACGCCGGCCACUACGACGGCAAAGGCCGCAUCGGGGAAUGGAUCCUGCAGCAGAACCGGGACAACCAAGCGCGCAUGCAAGCGGCGCUCCUCACGACGGGGCCGUACAUGGAGAUGGCGAUCUCGGCGCACACGCCGAUGGCGGUCUCGGUCGAAGACGGCGUCGCGGCGACGUGGCGGCUGCCGCUGGGGCACGGCGCCGUGCCCUUCGUCGCCCUCGACGACUGCGGGUACUACGUCAAGUGGCUGUUCGACCACCCGUCGCGGGCCAACGGGCUCGACCUCGAGGUCGCGAUCGCGCACGUCUCGCGCGCGGAGCUCGCGCGCGCCUUCGAGCAGGUCACGGGGCACCCGGCGCGCGCCCUGGACGUCGGCUUCGACGAGUAUUUCGGCGAGGUGUGGAGCCAGGAGCCCGAGCGCGCCGCGGCGUAUAAUGCGGAUUUGAGCGACCCGGCUACGAUGACGGUGCGGGAGAACUUCUCUGCGUUUUGGACUGCGUUCCAGCACUCGGGAGGGAAUCAGGGGGUUAUAAAGAGGGAUUACGGGUUGCUGGAUGAGAUCCAUCCUAACCGUAUCAAGAGCGCGGAGGAGUUCUUCAGACGCGAGGAGGAGAAGGGGGUUAAGAAGGGGUUGGGGACGCUUUGGGAGAGGGUACAGCCUGAGAAGAUUGGGCACAUUUUGAAGAUAACGGAGGAUAACAGGACGGGGAGAUUGUGA